CGGAAUCGCCCACGGUUGUUUUACACUGCCCUUCCAACAUACGCAAGAGGAAGUCAGCUGUGUCUUCUUUUUUUCGGACCUACCGGCUCCAAACGAAGCCCAAGUCAGCAUUCAAAACACCGGCCUCCACCGCCAGAACCCAACCGUCUUGCCGCAUACUGUACCAAAACUUCUACCGGGCGUCCACUCCACCACAAUGCCGGCACCGCUCACUCCCGGACGCAUCUGCUUGACCCUGGUCGCCUGCACUCUAGGCCCGGGCUGUUUCCUCGCGGACUGGAGCGCGUCGCACGUCUUCAACCCACGCUGGCCACCGCACGCCAAAUUCCACAACGGCCAGACCAUGGCCAUGGGAGCCACGCUCUCCCUAGCAACGUUGUACUACACGUGGCGCGGUCUCGGUCACGGUCGUAGUCGUGAUGAUCGUCGAGACUUGGAUGCGGGCGCUUGUCUGGAACUCGAGAAGGAAUCGAUCAAGACGGCCACGUUGUUUGGCAGCUUGUACUGGGUCACGGCAAUAGCGGCAUGGUUUUUCCCGGGGAGCCUGGCUGUUGACCCGGAAUUUGGAACAGGCUUUCCUCAAUUCCCUCUGUUCUCGGGGAUGCUGGGCCUCGCCUGGAUAGGAGGGUGGCUUGAGAUGAGGAGACUGGGCAGGGCGACUCACAAAGGGAACAGAUCCUAAAUCUUUCAUGGCUUGAUCAUACUACCUCCGACUCUCCUCGUGCUUCGGAAGGGAACAACAGCAGAGACGGGGCGGAGCAGAGCAGAGCAGGUUCACUCGGGAGAGAGUUAUGAGCAUACAAGUUAAACGACAAUUUUCCGCACUAACCGGUCAUGAUAUGAACAUCC